AAAAAACACAAAACUUGGGGUCAAUUCUAAGGCAGAAGCUGGAGAAAUCUGAAUUUGGGUAAUAAUGUCAUGUUAUCUGGGCUAAAUAUAGACAGCACUGGAAGCACCAGAAAAUCAGAACAGAAAAGGCAAAAACAGAGGGUUUUUGCAAAGAAGAAUACAAAUCCUUUGAAAUCAAUGAAGAAUCUUCGGGAGAAAUCAGACAUUCUUGUGAAUGGGACUGUGAAUUUCAAUUCUCAGUUCCGAGACAUGAUUGCCGGUUGCCUAAAGGCUGGUGGGCCGUGUGUUUUCUAUUGCCUAGGUCCCUUGAGUUAGUUGCAUUGAUUGAGCAGUGAGGUGAAAGUUCGUGGGGGGAGCUGAGGAAAAAGGAAAGGUUCAUGUUUUUCACCACAUCGUUUUGAAUUUCAUGUACAUGGUUGUAUUCCUAGCAUUGUGUGGAGAGGAAAGGUGAGAGAUGGGGGCGGACGGUGGAGAGGAGCAAAUGCAGGAGGGGGCAGGCUGUGACGAGAGAAUUUAUGUUUCAGUUCGUCUGCGGCCUUUGAAUGAGAAGGAAAUUGCAAGGAAUGAUGUAUCUGACUGGGAGUGCAUCAAUGAGAAUACUAUCAUUUACAGGAACAACCUGUCAGUUUCAGAGAGGUCUAUGUACCCAACUGCCUACACGUUUGACAGAGUUUUUAGCUCUGAUUGCUCCACCAGGCAAGUUUACGAGCAAGGAGCCAAGGAAGUUGCUCUUUCUGUUGUCAGUGGUAUAAACUCAAGUGUUUUUGCUUAUGGACAAACAAGCAGUGGAAAGACAUUUACAAUGAGUGGCAUUACUGAGUACACCAUGGCAGAUAUAUAUGACUACAUAGAGAGGCACAAGGAAAGAGAAUUCAUUAUGAAAUUCUCCGCUCUGGAGAUUUACAAUGAAUCUGUCAGGGACCUCCUCAGUGCAGACAGCACUCCACUUAGACUUCUGGAUGAUCCAGAGAGAGGGACCGUUGUUGAGAGACUCACGGAGGACACUGUCCGGGAUUGGAAUCAUUUCAGAGAGCUUCUAUCCAUCUGUGAAGCUCAAAGACAAAUAGGAGAGACUUCUCUAAAUGAGACAAGCUCUAGAUCUCAUCAAAUCUUGAGAGUGACAAUUGAAAGUUCUGCACGUGAGUUUUUGGGCAAUGACAAAUCAAGCACUCUUACUGCCACGGUGAAUUUUGUUGAUCUUGCAGGAAGUGAGCGUGCAUCUCAGACACUAUCUGCUGGUACAAGAUUGAAAGAAGGUUGCCAUAUAAAUCGUAGUCUAUUAACUCUUGGGACUGUUAUCCGUAAGCUAAGCAAGGGUAAAAAUGGGCAUGUUCCAUUUAGAGAUUCAAAGCUGACCCGCAUACUUCAGUCCUCUAUAGGAGGCAAUUCUAGAACUGCUAUCAUCUGUACCCUUAGUCCAGCACGUACCCAUGUUGAACAAUCAAGAAACACCCUCUUGUUUGCAAGUUGUGCUAAAGAAGUAGCAACCAAUGCACAAGUCAAUGUUGUCAUGUCUGAUAAAGCAUUGGUGAAGCAAUUGCAGAGGGAAUUAGCUAGAUUGGAGAAUGAGUUGAGAAGUGCAGGGACAGCUUCUAUUCUGCCUGAUUCUGCUGCGAUACUGAGAGAAAAGGACCUUGAGAUUGAAAAGCUAAAGAAAGAGACAAUUGAGUUGAGUCAGCAACUUGACAAUGCUCGGUCUGAGGUUGAGGCCCUGCGACGAGUGGAUGGAGAUGAAAGACUCAUCAAAGAGGAAAGAUCUUCAACAGUAUUUGCUGGUUUUGACAAUCAAUAUCCUAAAUUGCGAAUUCGAAAUUCAUGGGAUUAUGAAAACCCAACGACUGAGACACCUGUUUUUGCUGUCCCUCAUUGCCAAGAUGUUAGUUUUAGAUCAUUCACCCCAUCUCAAGUUUCAGAUAGACAGAGCUGUAGUUCUGAAGAGAGCUUUCUCCGGCUCCCUGUCCUCAGAGUGAAUAUCCCACAUGGCACCUCCUCCUUACCGGAAUCUCCUAAAAUUCCAAAUUUUGAAGGAAGUGAUCUGCCUCGCAAGGACAAUGAAGAGAAUGUUGAUGAAAAUUCUGAGGAUCCUUGCAAGGAAGUGAGAUGCAUUGUCUCAGAAUCAAGCAUCAUAUAUACAGGCUUGAACAUGCCUGUGGCCAGUCCAAACAGAUCUGAAAAUUCAAAUAUGUCAUCCUUUGGAUUAAACAGAAACAGAUAUGAAAAUUCAAAUAGGUCAUCUUCUGGAUUAAAUGCAGCUAUUUCGGUAUUGACAGAUGUUGACAAUGAAGAUACGGUUUCCAUGUCUCCCCUCUCAAAUGGACAAAAGCAAAAGGAGCCAGAUAGUGUCCAUUGGGAAUUUUUUACACCAUCUUCUGAAAAGCCAUCUUAUCCAUGGCUUGUGGAGAAAGAGAUGUCCAGCUGCAGCAGCUUGAAGUUAACAAGGAGUAGAAGUUGUAAAGCAAGUAUAAUGACUGAUAUGACUUUGCCCUCAUGUGAAAGCAAAGAAAAGAAUAGCAGCACACCUACUAUAGGGUGUGAGAAAGAUGUUACUGGAAAACCAGGGACUAUACAAAGAAAAAUCUGUGCAUUCAAGUACAGUUUUGAGAGUUUGUCAAGGAAUGCAUCUCAGAAUUCUUCACAGACUGGUGAUGAUGAUGAACUUAAAGCCCAGAAUGUCACAACUCCAUUUGAGAAAAAGCUUGCUGAUCAAGCAGUACAAGUGACAGAACCAGAGCUGGAGCACACUCUCACUAAAAAGACUGUAAAAGAUGUAGGCCUGGACCCAAUACAAGAUAAUAUGGGAAGCCCCUCUGCAUGGCCUUCAGAAUUCAAUAGGAUUCGAGGAGAGAUUAUUGAACUCUGGCAAGCUUGCAAUAUUUCGUUGGCCCACAGGACCUACUUCUUUUUGCUAUUCAAAGGAGAUCCAAAAGAUAACAUAUACAUGGAGGUUGAGCUGAGGAGGCUGGCAUUCCUCAAGGAAACAUUUUCGCGAGGUAACCAAACUGUGGAAGAUGGACAACCACUGACCACUGAUUCAAGUGAGAAGGCUUUACGCCAGGAGAGGCUUAUGUUGAGCCAACAAAUGCGGAAGAGGUUCUCUGAAGAAGAAAGAGAUGGCCUCUUCCUUAAGUGGGGCAUAGGGUUGGACACAAAGAAUAGGAGAUUGCAGUUGGCUCACCUCUUGUGGACUGACACCAGAGAUAUGGGGCACAUUGCAGAGAGUGCAGCCCUUGUUGCUAAGCUGGUUGGUUUUGUAGACCAAGAUAAGACUUUCAAGGAGUUGUUCGGGCUCAAAUUUGCACCCAAACAACGAGCAAGCAAGAAGUAUGAUCACUUCAAACGCAUACGCAGUUUGAUGUCCAUCGUACUAAAAACUUCCUCCUAGUUGACUGAUUAUCUCUAUCAGUCCAUUACUCAUUUCAGUUUUGUUUUGAUCUUUACGUGUGUCUAUUCCUGUACUUAUUUCUGCUGAUUGUGAGAGUUUGUAAAUUAACUCUUACUAGAAAUCACAUUAACACUUAAAUAUUUGGGACAAUGGAGGAUGCUAU